AGACAUAAUAGGCAUUGAAGGCAACAAAGAGAUAUUUUCUGUAGUCUGUGGUGUAGAUAGAUAGAUAGAUAGAUACACGGCGCCACCCUAAGGUGUAGUGUACUUGGUCCCAUAAUCCUAGUUCGGCCAAUUCUGGACCUUUGACCUCCUUUGACCCUGGUGUCGCACCGACGGUCCCCUUUGAAGACUGCAAUCAAUUAUCACUCAUCCUCUGAUAUCACGUUAGGCUGUGCACUGCUGUGCAUUGGGAAUUGAACAGAUAUCGCAUUAUUCAUUUCUCUUUUUCUGGUGUUCCUUUCUCUCCUUUCAUUUCAUUCACCUCGUCAGAAUCUAUUCCCGGCUGGUCCGGUGGUACUUUGCCAUUCCAUUUCUUUAUCCCUAGUCCCUUCCUAGAACUCUUCAUGCGCGUUUUCGUGACACUUUUUCCUCUGGUCACCCUGGCAGUGCACGUCUCAGCCCAGGCUACUCCAAGCGGAAAUCCUAGUACAUCAGACCCCGAACAAGGGAUAGAACUGCAUGCCAUCAACCAUUCGCUUCUUGUCCACGACGACUCGGGUACGCGACCUUCAUUAGAAAAUAGUGUCGGUCCUGCAGACCCUCACAGACCUCCCGCUGCUGUCAACCACACUCCAUUGCAUAGUGCUAGUAAUCAACCCGCACCCAAUGCCAGCGGGAACAGACAGGUUCUUGCCCCACCCAGACCUCCACUGACCUUGGGUCAGCGGCGAAAACUUGCUUGUAUCAAAAUCACUACCACAGUAUGCCUCAUUGCGGCGGUUGGCUGUGGCUUCAAAUAUUAUGGGAUGCCGAAUUAUUACAUUGAUUCGCGGUCUAUUCCGUCCUCUUCACCCGCAAUGGGCGUACGUGCUCUUCCAGAAGGAAAAGAAGGAGAGGAGUGUGAUUGUAGUCAAGCGGUUGUAAGUUGUUCUCCUGUUUUUUUGAAUAUUUGGAGUCCUCAGUUUUUUUCAAGGAACCUGCGAAUUCUGAAUCCAAGCAAUCUACUUGUGAACACGCAAAGAGGGAUGCUCCCAGAAUGUCAUAUCGUCGUCGAAUUGCCAAUUGGGACGACGAUGAGUAAAUGACGACAGAAAAGGUAUUGCGAAGCUCGUAUUGUACUAGUGGGAUGUAUGUAUGAAUGAAAAAUAUCGAUUAAGAACAUGAUGCAGCAUGAUGCGCGCGGCUUCUGAAGCUGGGGUUUGAUCAACACUGAGUACAGUGCUUUGCGAAAAGGUUUGCUCAGGGUUUGCUUGUAUGGAUUUUUACCAAGUGUUUAUUGCUGGGUAUUUGUCCAAUACAUUUUCUGGGCCGAGGCUCGAGAGGGCUCUCUUCGAGGACCACCGGGGCCGUCCCCGGUCGGGCUUCGAAAUGCUGAAAUCGCAAAGCACUGUAAGUAUCAUCGACAUGGACG